AUGGGUACCAAGGGUAUUCCAUCCUCGUUUCGCAGCUGGCAAUACAGAUCCACAGCAGGUGGCCUCGAGAACAACCUGACACUGAACAAUGUUCCUAUGCUCCAGCCCCAGGCCAACCAGCACCUGGUUCGAAUUCUUGCUGCUGGUCUUAAUCCAGCUGACUACAGACUUUCCGAAUUCCAGUUCCUCCAUAAGGUGGCCUUUCCCAAACCUGCCUCUCCUGGAAAUGACUUUGCUGGCUAUAUUGUCAAGCCUGCGCCAGGUUCAACGCUCAAGCCAGGACAACUCGUGUUUGGAGGCGCCGGGACAAACUUUAUGUACGGAGGGGCUAUGUCGGAGUAUGGGAUUGCGCUUUUCAACAAUACAGUUCCUAUACCGACAGGAUUGUCCAUCAUUAAUGCCGCCGGUAUCGCUAUAGCUGGGCUCGCUGCUUAUCAGUCUAUCUUACCUUACUCCAAGCCGGGCUCGCGAGUCCUCUUGAAUGGCGGAUCUGGAGGGGUGGGAAGUUUCGGUAUCCAAAUUGCCAAAGCUGAAGGACGCCAUGUGACUGUGACCUGCUCUACUGCCAGUGUCACGCAUUGCAAAUCUCUAGGUGCCGACGAAGUCAUCGAUUACAAGACACAGAACGUGUUACAGGCUCUGAAAGACUCGCCGUACAAGUACGACCUUGUUGUAGACUACGUUGGCAACGAUCACAAUCUAUUCUGGAAAGCAGACGUAUACACGAGUCCCAAUGCAAAAUUCUUCACAGUGGCAGCGAGUCACCACCUGAGCUUUGUACGAUUUAUCAUGGCGGCGCAAUAUAUGCCAAGAUUCCUGAGUGGUGCAAAAAGACAGCAUCUAACUGUCUUCGCCAAACCUGAUCGUGAAGGCCUCUCGCAGAUUGCCGAGUGGAUGGUUGAGGGCAAGGUUAAGCCUGUUAUUGACUCGAAGUACAAGUUUGAAGAUUUAAGGGAAGCAUACCAAAGAUUGAAGACGGGCAGAGCCAGGGGCAAGCUAAUUCUCGAGGUUGCACCAGAGGGAGAGCAUGCGGCAUAA